CCGCAGCAGCAGCAGUUAGCAGCAGCAACUUGAGGCUGCACCCCGAGCAAGCCCCCAGGGUGGUGCUUAACUGAGAGGGGGGCUUAGCUCCUGGAAGGGGUGUGUGUAGGGUGGGGGCGGCCAGCUGGGACCAGCUGGUGGCCCUGGGAAACCUCCCACACACCCACACCCACACACCCCUUUUGUGUUGCAGGCUGCCCCUCUGGAGAGCGGAGGCAGCGAGAGAGUAACGCGUGUGCCUCGCACAGGUCCGCACAAGCAGAGCAUUUGGGACCGAGACCCGGCACCACCUCCUGGUCCUCCCUCCAGGAAACGAGAACUAAUAAGAACUUGAACGUCGAAAGGCUGGACUCAGUUUCAAAGACUGUUCCUUUGCCUCUUGCUUCAUUCCUGGAAACUGUGCAGGAACUGUCUGAUUAAGGAAAAAAAGGAAUUCUGAAGGAAAGAAGACAAAGAAUAAAAAUACCCCAGAGUUUCUAACAGAACAAGUUUCACCUGAACCUACAAUGGUGAGCGAGAGUCAUCACGAAGCCCUGGCAGCCCCGCCAGUCACCACAGUGGCAACCGUAGUACCACACAAUGCCACAGAGCCAGCCAGUCCUGGAGAAGGGAAGGAAGAUGCCUUUUCUAAGCUAAAGGAGAAGUUCAUGAAUGAGUUGCAUAAAAUUCCAUUGCCACCGUGGGCCUUAAUUGCCAUAGCCAUAGUUGCAGUCCUAUUAGUCCUGACCUGCUGCUUUUGUAUCUGUAAGAAAUGUUUGUUCAAAAAGAAAAACAAGAAGAAGGGAAAGGAAAAGGGAGGAAAGAAUGCCAUUAACAUGAAAGAUGUAAAAGACUUAGGGAAGACCAUGAAAGACCAGGCCCUUAAGGAUGAUGAUGCUGAAACCGGGUUGACUGAUGGGGAAGAAAAAGAAGAACCCAAAGAAGAAGAGAAAUUGGGGAAACUUCAAUAUUCACUGGAUUAUGAUUUCCAGAAUAACCAGCUGCUGGUAGGGAUCAUACAGGCUGCUGAACUGCCCGCCUUAGACAUGGGGGGUACCUCUGAUCCUUAUGUGAAAGUGUUCCUGCUGCCUGAUAAAAAGAAGAAGUUUGAGACAAAAGUCCACCGAAAAACCCUUAAUCCUGUCUUCAAUGAACAAUUUACUUUCAAGGUGCCGUAUUCGGAACUGGGUGGCAAAACUCUGGUGAUGGCUGUAUAUGAUUUUGAUCGUUUCUCCAAGCAUGACAUCAUUGGAGAAUUUAAAGUCCCCAUGAACACGGUAGAUUUUGGUCAUGUAACUGAGGAAUGGCGUGACCUCCAAAGUGCUGAGAAGGAAGAGCAAGAGAAAUUGGGUGAUAUCUGCUUCUCCCUUCGCUAUGUCCCAACGGCUGGUAAACUGACUGUUGUCAUUCUGGAGGCAAAGAACCUGAAGAAAAUGGACGUGGGUGGCUUAUCUGAUCCUUAUGUAAAGAUUCAUCUGAUGCAGAAUGGUAAGAGGCUGAAGAAGAAAAAGACAACAAUUAAAAAGAACACACUUAACCCCUACUACAAUGAGUCAUUCAGCUUUGAAGUACCUUUUGAGCAAAUCCAGAAAGUGCAAGUGGUGGUAACUGUUUUGGACUAUGACAAGAUUGGCAAGAACGAUGCCAUCGGCAAAGUCUUUGUGGGCUACAACAGCACCGGGGCGGAGCUGCGACAUUGGUCAGACAUGCUGGCCAACCCCAGGCGACCCAUCGCCCAGUGGCAUACUCUUCAGGUAGAGGAGGAGGUUGAUGCCAUGCUGGCCGUCAAGAAGUAAAGGAGAGAAGCCUUUCUGCAUUUGCCCACAUAGUGCUCUUUAGCCAGUAUCUGUAAAUACCUCAGUAAUAUGGGUCCUUUCAUUUUUCCAGCCAUGCAUUCCUGAAACAAUUCAGUGGUACUUCAAAUCCUGUUUUAAUUUGCACAAAUUUAAGUGUAGAGAGUACCUAAGCCCUUCAUCAUACAACUGCCCUCCAAAUCUACUCUUCUUUUAAGCAAUAUGAUGUGUAGAUAGAGCAUGACUGAAAUGAUUUAUUGUAUCACACCGUUGUAUAUACCAGUAUGCUAAAGAUUUAUUUCUAGUUUGUGUAUUUGUAUGUUGUAAGCGUUUCCUAAUCUGUGUAUAUCUAGAUGUUUUUAAUAAGAUGUUCUAUUUUAAACUAUGUAAAUUGACUGAGAUAUAGGAGAGCUGAUAAUAUAUUAUAUGGUAAACAUAGUAUCGUCUGCAUUCCAGCAAAAAUCUCUACUGUGAGGCACUAGUGCAGUUAAACUGACAUCUUAAAGGACAACUUAAACCUGAGCUUGCUAACGAAUUCUCUGAGCACCAAGAUAUGCUUACACCACGUAUUCGGUGGGUGAAUCCAAUGUUGUAGAAUUCCUUCACAGGCAAAACAGCAUGAUCUGAGCUGCAUCAGGGCUGACUUUAAGGAAGUAUAGCCACAAGCCAGAGUAGCACCCGUCUGUACCUAUCUACAGAGCUAACUCAUGGCUUCACUCCUACACUUGAGGAAGCAACUGGACAGGAAAGAACAGGUUCGUAUCACUGCGUAUAGAGCAACAGCAUGAUGGUGUGUGUGAGUGUGCAUGCGUGUGUGUGUGUGUAUGUGUGUGUGCACAUUUGUUUGGGGUUGAGGAAUGAGGAGUAGCAGCUGAGGUAAGAAGUCAGCAUUUCUGAGAUAUUGCCUAUUUCAAAAGAAAAAAGUAGCUCUUCAUUACCACCUUUAUACAAAACGUGCGUCCUGUGGAUUCUGUUCUAAAUUUCACACCUAUGAUAAUUCCAGAAGGUUUGCACAUUUGACUUUGUAACAAAAUAUUUUACUAUACAAUACCAGAUUAGAUGGAAUGCAGAAUAUUUUUAUCACCGCAAUCUGUGCUUAAUACACAAAAUUACUUUGUGGUAAACAGACAGUAUUGUAAUCCCAUCAAAAGAUGAUCUAAAGAAAACAAUUAGCCAUAGUUCUGAAUGCACUUCAAUUAAGCCAAAACAGACAGCUAGUGAUCUUUUUAUAUGCUCUUUUUACUUAAAUAAGUUUUAAUUUGUCCUUUAAAAAAGGUGAAACAAAACCAAGAACAAGUUCUAGAACUGAAGCAACCUCUUCUGUAUACUAGAUGCUUGAUGUAGGAGGAGUUUUUAAAUGUUUUCAAUGUUAUUACGUAGUAAAUGGCACUAUUACGACGCUACUAGUCAUUCCAUAAGAGUCUUACAGGACUGCUCUUUGUAACACUGUGACUGCCGUGUGUGCUUAGACACGUAGUUUCCUCAGUGGAUAGCACUCGAUUUAUUCCAUAGUGAUCUUGUAACAAUACUGCCAUUCCCUUCUACUGCACUGCCCAAGGUGUGUGUAGCACAAACAGUUCUCAUUACAAAGGACCAAUUCAGAACUGAAAAGCUAUGCAUAGGACAAGGAAGAUACAUAGAAUCGGGUGGAACACACAGCGUUUGUCAAGCACUGUGCACUAUUUCAUAUUUCUCUCUACUAGAAUAGACAACCACUUUGUGGAAGGGCCGCCUCCCACUGCGUCUGGUCUUUACUCACGUCUGUGAACUACUUUAACAUCCAGGCCACAGACAGCAGUGAUGCUCCGAAGUGAAAGUUGAUCUUCACCGGUAUCAAAACAAAAUGGAGGACAACUAGGCGUAGGCCUCAUGUUCAGACUUGAGGAGAUCCUGCCAAGUUUUAAAAAUAAGAAUGGAAAAGGGCUGAUGGUAGACUUGGAACGUGGGGUUGGCUGUUUCCCAACAAAGUAGAAUUCUUACCAUUAUUCUUUCCUCAUCAAAAAAAGGUGAGCCCUCCCACCUCCCAGCCUAGUCAUAGGAAAGUCCUUAGAAC